AUGGAGUUUUCUGAACACAUCAAAACCGCUAAUUUGGAGGAUGUUGUCCUCCGACAGCCGCUGCACCCUCCGAGUAGAGGCACCCUGUGCAUCACCGGCCACCACCUGCUCUUCUCGGACAGAGAGGAGGGCUGCUCCCGGCAAGUUUUACUGCUCCUCAAGAACAUCGAUGCCAUUGAGAAAAGGUGAGAGUGGAGAGCUGUGCAUCUCUCUAGUAAAAAAGACGAUUAACCCUAGAAGACUAUCGCUAAAAUUAGUAACACCAUUACUAUCACCGGGUGAUUUUUCCAUAGAUAUACCCAACAAAAAGUACUUUUCAUCAAAAUAUAUUCAAAUAGGACAACACAUGACAAAUUAAAGUAGUUUUCUUUUAUUUUUAACUGUGCAAUGUCCAAAGGAAGGAAAAAGUGCGAUAAAAAUGCAACAAAAUAACUGAAAUAAGGCAUUCAAGAACAAAAAAUUACAAAAAAAUAUAGAAACUGUAAACUUAGUUUCUUUUCCACCCAUUCCUGGAGCAUGUGAGUCUUCCCUGGUGAAGACUCAGGGUCCUUGGCACAAUAACAGCUGCAGGAGAGAGAGUGAGUAAAAAUGACCAGCUGACUAAAAUAUUUCUUAUCACAAUAUGAACUCCCUUGAAUAUGACUACUUUGUGAUAGUGAUUCAUAACACCUGCGCUAAAUAAAGAUAGCAUGCAAAUUCCAGGACCACUACUGACCUUAUUCGCCUACAUACUGCUAUUAAAUCCACACAAACCUACUUUACCCUCCAUCACUAUUGCCGGGUGAAAAAACACCCGAACACAUGCCUGUAGGAAAAAAGCAAAACAAAUAUGCCUUCAAAGAUGUCAAAGGCAAUGCUGAAGCUACCCAGGGACCCAUGAUACUCAGACAAAUGCAACAUAAUGAAAAUCACAUAAACAUGUUUGGUCGGGUGAAAAUCUCCCAGCGAUGGUGUUCUAGGGUUAACAACUAAAUAAAUGGAGAUAACAAUGACAAUCAUCAUCAUCAUAAAAUCAUUUCACAUGAUUUCUCCAACAUUUUUCAUGGUCUCAUUUUUUCUCUUACUUGGACCUGACUUAAUCAAUGAUCCCCCUGAUCUGAUCAACAUUAAUGAAGUCUGUUCUGUUCCUGUUUAUUCUCCCAUGUCUGGUUGUAUAAUGUCUAACUCCCAUGUUCCCCAAAUCUUUUUGACCAGUGUGGAAAAUCUUUCGGCCUAUUCCGGCCUCUUCUCUAAUGCAGACUGCAGUAAAAGGUUGGAUAUACUUUGUGUUGCUGUGUUUCCGUUGUUUGCUGCUUUUAUGUCUGAAGGAGAUCUAACAUUUGUCCCCAAGACCCCAGAACCACCUUGUAUCUCAACACCGUCCACACAUACAUGCUGUUCUGUGUUGCUUGCUUCUAACAACUACUUCUUUCAGCCUCAGCAUUGCAGGCCACUUGAUAUGUCUUUGUCAACAGUUGACGGUUUCACAGAGAGAAAAAGCCACAGCAUAGCUGACUGGGUUUGCCUGUCUUUGUGCAAGUCACACAUUCUGCACUGUCAAAAUGUGUAGUGGACAUUGUGGUGUGUUUUUGUUUUCUUUUGUUUUGGACAAGAGUCGUGAUGAAGUUUGUUUUUCAGCACAUCUGGAUCUUCAGGGACUAUAACCAUCAAGUGUAAAGACUUGCGUGUGCUCCAGCUUGACAUCCCAGGCAUGGAGCAGUGUCUAAACAUUGCAUACUCUAUUGAGGUAUUAAUAACCUUCCUAGGCCUGUAAACACAGAUAAAAACAGUAUUUCUCUUUUCACAAUACUCAAUACAUUUGCUGUUUUUCUCCUUGCCUCUAAGUAGGUUUUACAUCUAAUAAAGUUUUCUUUCUCUAGACCCUGUCCUGUCUGGACUGUGCCACCGAGAUGUAUCCUUUCUUUUACAGACCGUCUGACUUUGGCCUGCAGGAGCAGUGGGGUCUCUCUUCCCCUGAAAAGUACUACAGUCAAAUGAAGGAGCUUGUAAGUAAGACAUGAAUCUGUGUAUCCGGUAAACCUGUUUCUACUGUGCAGGAAUGUGACCCAACACACAUAAAACAUGCAUGAACUGAGCUCGCAGUCACAGUCGCACUCGCACAGGCAGCGUGUCCUAACAAUCAUAUGACAGAAAAAUGUCAGGAAAACAAAAAAGUAGGGGUGAGGAUCCAGGAUAUCCUCGUUGCUUGGCUUGUAUUUGUUUUGCCUGAACUCCAGAAUGUGCUGCACUCAGCUUAUAUCGUUACUUCAUAGACAUAUGCCUUCCUUUUGAAAAUAGCGUGUUGCUAUGGUGAAAGGUCGACCCCAGGGGUUGCUCUGUUCUGUGUUUUAUGGACUUCGUGUUCCCAGUGCAAGCUGUCCAAAGCUGAAGUUGUUAGUCCUUAGCUCUGAAGAACCUGCAUGGAGCUUAAACUAUCAAUAUCUACCAUUGAUUUGUAACAGUCAAUACUUAUUAAAGAUUGCAUACUAGCUUCUCCAGAGAUUACUCAAGAACAUCUUGUCUUUUUGUUUGAUUCGGGCCUGUUGAAUGAUUUUCUUUUAGAAAGGACAUAUUUUAAAGGAUGGAUCUGAAGUGAUGUAUCCCCCAAUAUAACACAGCUUUUACAUUUUCCCAGAGAAAUGUCAGAGAGGUGUUCAGAGAGUUUACUUUUAAUUGUUUUGCCAGAUUUCCAUUAGUCUUGAUGACAUGCGAAAUCUGGAUAGACGUAUGUUGACUGUGUUGUAGAUGAGGUAUAGGAAGUGUUACAGUGUGUAUGUUUCUGAUGAUCGCAUUCCCCUGUAAACAUAGGUCUAGGAGAGGUGAGGACAGAGAACACACCAAACAGCAUACCAAAAAAAUGGGGUGAAGACAUAAAGACACAAAAAGUGACAGUGUGAGAUAUGAGGAGCAUUUAAGAUCCUGCGUCUAGUCUUUGUUCCUUUUCAGUCUUGCAAAAGUUUACACAAUCAGUAGAGCCAAAGAUUCAGUUCAUGGUCUCUGAGAAAUUGCUUGGUCAUUUAUUACAAAAUUGAUAUCUUCUGUUUUUUAGAAAAGCACCAUAGGCAUCAGUGGUCCAGACUUUUACAGUUUUCUGACACUAACUUGUACAAUUCUCUGUAGGACCUGUAAACCAAGGAAUUCUAAUUCUAAGAGAAGAACAUUGUUGUUUAGAUUAUUAUCAAUAGAAUAAUUAAACACCCUCAUGCAUUCAACACCUCUUUUAUGUAUUUAUACUCCCUCAAAUCUGGUUUUCUUUCUUUCAAUCAUUCAAUCUUUUUAUACAAUGGAGUAGCACAAAGUGCUGUACACAUGGAAGAAUACAAAAGUAAGAAGAAUACCCAACCCUACCCCACCCCAUCCCAACCUCACAAACUGAACACAACAGUGGGAAGUUAAAAAGUGCAUUGAGUGGUCCGAUAAGAGAGCUGUACGAGUUCAAAUUUGGUUAUCAGGUCUAUUUUGUGAAAGCAGGAAUAUGCACACUGAGUAAAUGCCAUCUUAAAAUUCAAAAUGAGGAAACACUGGCAGUCAGUUUAAAAUCUAAUUUAAAAUGAAAUUUAAGAAACAGCAAAUUUAAGUGAAAUAAAAAAGAAGAAAGAAAGAUAUGAAGAUAAGAGCGCCUAAACCGCUCAGUAAAACUGUAUACAAUAAGUCUAAUACACAUAAAGAGAAUAGGAUAAAAUGCUAAAAGACAAUUCUAAGAUUUAAUCUAGAGAGAGAUAAAAGCUAAAACACUCAAACACAAUUCAGUUAAUGAAACAAAUUUUGUUGAAGGACAGAAUAAAGAGGUAGGUCUUGAGUUGGCGUCUAAAUGUUUGUGUUGAAAAUGAAGUUUUGACGUCUGUGUCUCAGCAAGAAAAUAAAUGCAACCCUCAAAUACAAAACUCUUUUUAAACUCCCCAUUCAGUCAUUUCUUAGGUGAAGUUUACUCUUGUACUUGAGUGUGAGCACUUCUAAUCAUAUGAAAUAACAAACCAUGAAGAUGAAUCAUGAAAACUGUUCAUUUGCACACUAGAAAGUUAGACUAACCAAAGGAAGAUCUGCCUCCUGUAACUCCGGUGUCUCUACUUGAGCUGUAGUGAACAAUCCAAAGUUUUGAAGGCAGUAUUGAAUCAUCCUCAGACAUCAUUUAUGUGUCCCUGUUAAUUCUUUUCAUGAUUUUCCAUCUACUCUAUUUGCAGCAUGACAAAUGGAGACUAAGCACUGUGAACAGGGACUAUUCAGUGUGUCCCUCUUACCCUCCAGCUGUCAUUGUCCCCAAGAGCAUAAAUGAUGACUCCCUAAAGAAGGUGGCUAAGUUCAGGCAAGGAGGACGCUUCCCUGUCAUCUGCUAUUACCACAGGAAGAAUGGCAUGGCAAGUCUCUUUUGAAUGAAACUCAACCACAAGGCUACAAUUCAUACAAACAGAUUAUUAACUCCCAUCAAACUUUAACUUUUCAGGUCAUAAUGCGCAGCAGUCAGCCACUGCCAGGAGCUAAUAGGAAGCGCUGCAAAGAGGACGAGGACCUCCUCCAGGCUGUGAUUCAUGAUUCAGACAAAGGUUAUAUUAUUGACACACGCUCCAGUCAGCAGGCGAUGCAGGCUUUGAUGACAGGUGGAGGAUUUGAAUCCAAAUCAUGUUAUAGCCGCUGGAAGAGACUGCACAGACAAAUAGAAAGGUGUGUUUUUGUGAAAUCUGACUUACAGAAUGCUGGUCUCCUCAUCAAACUAACAUCAGUCACCUUAUUUUCUUCCUUUGCAUUUGCAGAGGUAAAGCACUGCAGGAGAGCUUGAUUAAGCUGGUCGAGGCCUGUGGUGAUGAGUCCCAUAACAUGGAUCGUUGGCUCAGUAAACUUGAGAAUUCAAAGUGGUUGUCUCAUGUUCAAGCUGCUUUGUCGACUGCUGGCCUGCUGGCAGAGUGUGUGGAGAGGUAGGAACUCAAAUCUCUCUGUGGUACUCUGGUACCACAGAUAGUGUGCACUUAUGUUUUGAUUCUGUAUGAUUAGAAAUAUAUGCAGGGAUAAAGGCACUUUUGUGUACCUUCAUUUUUAGGUCAGUAAUUUCCAAGGAAAGUCAAUCCAGAAUUGUUUUAAAAUGUAACUUACUUCUAUGAUGAUUGCUUAAAUUUUAAAAAAGGGGAAACAACAACUUCACAUCUAAAUGGUAUCUUCUAGAGAGACCUGAAAAAGGCACUGUUUGCAUCCUGAUGUAAACAGAAGUGGACAGGAAAAUUUUUAAAAAAGCAACACAUAGUAAGAUAUUAGCUCAAAUAGCCAAGUCAAGACAUGCAUGAGGAAACCAUGAGAAAAAGAUGGCUUAAACAUUAAAAACGUGUCUGUAUCACUCAAAAAUAAAUGCUUUUAAGUCAUUCACAGCAGAGGAUCAAAAUCUAUCUAUUUGUCGUGUUGGCCAGGGACGGACAUUCAGUUCUGGUUCAUGGCUCCAAAGGGACAGACGCCACUCUUCUCAUCAGCACUCUGGCUCAGCUCAUCAUGGACCCAUGCUGCCGUUCACUGGAGGGUUUCCUGGCUUUGCUGGAGAGGGAGUGGGUGCAGGUGAGUGUGUAGGUGUGUCAAAAAGUUUAGACUGUAAAGCAUUAUAAUUCAAAUCUUUUUGUUGACUUUACUGUUAAAAAUCACAGGAAAAAAGUCUUUUUAGCACAGCCUCACAUGUGGUUAUUACUAAAUCUCAGUUUUACGGAUAUUGCCCCACAGUUUACCCAAAUCAGGAAAUGCCAUGAGAAAAAAAGUCACAUUCAGUCUGCUGCAUAAAGUAGUCAAAGAUUUUACAAAUCAUGUGUCUUUUUCACAACGUUUCCCUUGUAUACAUUUAGGGUAAAUGGCAUCACAAGGUAUGGACAAAUGUGCUUUUUUUCACCAUUUGACUAUUAUCCCUCAAUUUGUUCUAUAUGAACAAUUGAGUUUGUCAAAAGCCAUUAGAUAUCCUUUUAAUAGUCUUAGAAUUAGAUUUCAACAAAAAAUAGUAAAGAGGAUGAGGGCAACAGACAGUGAAGUUGGUUUGGCUUUGUAAGAAAACCAUUAACAAAUUUAACUGAACAAGCUAAUCAAUAAAGUGAGUUCUGCAUAUUUUCCUGCAGGGGUGUGUCAACUUAUCUCCAACUUGAGAUGAAAAAGAACUUGGUAAACUACAGCGGAUACAAGUACAGCUAAAAUCAGCGAAUAAUUAGCCUAAAGAGCAACUAGCUAACCAUAAGGUGACCAGAUUUUCACCUUCUCAGUUUCCCCGGAUUGGGAGGGGGGUGCAUGGGCUGCGUGAUCACAGACAACAUCUCGGUACUAUUCAGUAGCAGCGCACGCCCCUUGUAAUAACCCCCAUAAGAACUGUUGUUCAGGACUGCUUACUUGUGCUUCCUACCCUUUCGGCUACUGUAAUAACCAUUGUUCUAGCCUACAUGCAACAUUUUUCUUCUCAUUCAUGAAACGCUUAAAUCGGGGACAUUUUCUGGGACAGCUUUUGCCAGGGACAGGUCAUCCAUUUCGGCGGGGACUGUCCCCGGAAAUCGGGGACGUCUGGUCACCUUAGCUAACCAGCUUUCUGGGAGGAAAUACAAACAGAAAUACUGCCUCACCAAUUUACCUAACCUACAAAACCAAACUUUAAAUGGAGCAGCUCCCCACCUAUCACCUGUUGGUGAUGUAGAGUGCCCCUAAGUAUGCUUGUGAAGUUUCAAAGAUUUGAAUAGGACAGACAUUAGUCCGCUCAUUGUACCUUGUAUAUGUUUACAGUCAGUAUUAACUGUUGUUUUGAGACCUAGCUUCAGAAACAGUUUAGCUGGCUGAGUUGUGGCAGGCCCUCAGUCCCAAACUUCAUUUCUAGAUCGUCAGACCGGCUGCAACAUGAAGCAGGAUCAUUCAGGCAACAGCCGUAUGUGGAUCAGAUAUCUGGCUCUGGAAGGAUAUGCUCAACACAAAUACACCCAGUAGCAUUCAAAUGGAUUAGGUGCAUACCACAUAAGUUUGGUUGUUCAUACAGGUCACCGUUCUUUUCUCCAGGCAGGACACCCAUUCAUGCAGCGAUGUGCCCACUCUGCCUUCUCCCACGCCCGUCCACAGCAGGAGUCCCCGGUCUUCCUGCUGCUACUGGAUUGUGUGUGGCAGCUGUGGCGUCAGUUCCCACUAGCAAUGGGUUUCUCUGAGGCUCUGCUACUGAGGCUGGCGACUGAAGCCUAUGCAUCUAACUUUGGCACCUUCCUGUGUAACAGCCAUCAGGAAAGGUUAGUGGUAUUCCUCCUUAGGAUUGGGGGUCUGGAAUGAAUGAUUGUCACAAAAGUGGUUAAAUCCUACAGGAUUCAUUUAUUCUUUAUAGCCAAGGUGUUAGUUAACUUCAGUCUUGCUCUUCUACCUCAGGUGGGCUCAAGGCGUGAUAAAGAAGACCCACUGUUUGUUCCAAACUCUGCUGAGGCCUGGAGAGAGGGACCAAUACUGUAACCCACUAUAUGAGUCAACUGAGCUUGCAAUCUGGCCCUCUGUUCACCCUCAGUCCCUGCAGCUUUGGAGAGGUAAGCUUUAAUCAGUCAGACUUGUAUUUGUAUCCUGCUGAACCAGAAACAGAGCAUGUUCUUUUGAGCAGUCCAACCAUCCAUUUGUCACAUUUGUUAGCCUUUUUUAUUUACAUUUAAAAGUUCUUAGAAGCUUAUUGAUUCUUAUUGAAGCUUAUUGACUAAAUUGAACAUUUAGUAGUUCAGACCAAACAAAUUCAGUCUGUUUUUUUAUUUAUUUACCAGUUUAUUAGUAUUGAGUAGUGAAAGAUUUCCCUGCUAUAGGUCUCAGGUGUUUGCUCACACUCUGCUAUCAUGGAAUGGGUCCAAUUUGUAGAAAAAAGCAGAGAAGGGGUUGUUGGAUGAUACUUAAAGGUAUAUAAAUUAAGUUAGGGUCAAACACACCAUAACACCAAGUUAGACACCCCGUCGAGAGAUAAAUGUUGCCGACCGCUUGCUUCUCUAGUUAUACCAACUUUAGUAACAACUGCAGAUAGCAAUACACAGGGCCACACGCUCAACCAAAAAGCCACUCUAUAACCACAAAUAACGCUCAGAACAGCACCUAGCUUCAUCAUCAGUACAUAUAGGGUCCCAGCCAUAGUACUAGCCUCCAAACAUCUUUUUAGCUUUGCCUGAUUUCUUUAGCAAAGAGACUAAACACAACUCACCCACUCUCUUCCAGCAGCUACUUGUUUGUACAGAGACCUCUGGGCGAGUCCAUCGACUGCAGCUGGGGUGACGCUGCUCAAGGAAGAACAUUUAUGAUCAUUACUUCAUGGUUAUUACUUCAAGGACAUGAUAAAGUAACGUUCAUAAAUGUUCUUCCCUGAGCUGCGUCACCCUGCUGCAGUCGAUGGUCUCACCUGGAGGUCUCCGUACAAACAAGUGGCUGCUGGAGGAGAGUGGGUAAGUUGUGUUUAGUCUCUUUGCUUAACAAAUUAGGCAAAGCUAAGAAGAUGUUUGGUGGCUAGUGCUAUGACUGGGACCCUAUGUAUAUAUGUAUAUAUGUAUAUAUUAUGUGUGGUUAGAGAGUGGCUUUUUGGUUGAGCAUGUGGCUCUGUGUAUUGCUAUCUGCAGUCGUUACUAAAGUUGGUAUAACUAGAGAAGCAAGCGGUCGGCAACAUUUAUCUCUCGACAGGGUGUCUAACUUGGCGUUAUGGUGUGUUUGACGCUAACUUAAUUUUACGCCGGAAUAUCCCUUUAAUCCUAUGACUGUGGUAUGAUCCCUUGUGUGUUACAUGGGCCCAUGUUGUUCCCUUCACAUUGGCAUAAUAGAGUUGACUGGUGAGUAAUACUGGCUCUGAUGCUGAUUUGAUAUAUGAUCAGUUGAUUAUUUUGAUAUGAGCUCACAACCUUGCUAUCCUUCAUAAUUCUCAGAACUAAUUCAAGUAUUGGUGCUGGUUGUCAGGUUUCUUUCUGAGGUGGACCCAGCAGACUCAUCACCUUGCAGAGACUCAGGAGAAGAUGCGGGACAUGGUCAUUAAGUGGGAAAAACUGGCGCUCAGCUGA